AUGCUUUACUACACUGGAAAUAAUUCAGGACAGAUACCCGGAAAUCUCCCUCAGCCAUAUUACUGGUACGUCAUAUUCUUUGAUUAAUUUUACAAGUUGUCGCGUCAGCCUUGGAGGGUUGGGACAGCACUCAUUCGGAAGAUUGUUUAUAUCUCCUUGACUUGUUUUAAAUUUAUAUGCCACUCGUAAGAAUCGCAACGCUGACUCCAACAUCACAGGUGGGAAGCAGGUGCUAUGUUCGGAUCCAUGAUAGAUUAUUGGUAUUACACAGGCGAUCCGACGUAUAACGAGGUCACCACCCAGGUAAGACUUUCAUACACUAGGCGAAAUGACUGCGCAUACUAAAGGAGGAAUUAGGCGAUGCUUUGGCAAGUCGGCCCAAAUCAAGAUUAUAUGACACCCAACCAAACAAAAACCACCGGAAACGACGAUCAGAGUUUUUGGGGCCUCGCAGCCAUGACAGCAGCAGAAGUCAAUUUUCCUAAUCCCCCAGAGAACCAACCACAAUGGCUUGCACUCGCUCAAGCAGUAUUUAACACCCAAGUCCCACGCUGGGAUCCAACGACCUGUGGAGGUGGAUUAAGAUGGCAGGUCUUCCCAUUUAAUAACGGUUACAAUUAUAAGAAUGCAAUUUCGAAUGGAUGUUUCUUUAAUCUCGCAUCAAGGUUGGCUCGAUACACUGGGAAUGCAACAUACGCCGAAUGGGCGGACAAAGCAUGGAACUGGAUGCGCUCCAUCAGCCUCCUCGAUGACGCAUAUUACGUUUACGACGGCAGCGAUGACACAAUUAAUUGCACUAGACUUAAUCGUAUACAAUGGACCUACAACGCAGGCGCCUUGCUCCUCGGUGCCGCGACGAUGUAUAAUUACACCAACGGCUCACAAAUCUGGCAAGAACGCACAGAAGGUUUACUCAAAGCCACCGAUGUCUUCUUCCAAGACGGCAUCAUGUUCGAAGUCGCCUGCGAACCCGUCAACCGAUGCAACGUCGACCAACAAUCUUUCAAAGCCUACCUCUCGCGCUGGAUGGCCGCCACGACCAAAGCCGCACCCUUCACCUUCAACGCCAUCAUGGCACGUCUACGUCCUUCCGCCCAAGCAGCCGCGCAGCAAUGCGGAGGCGGCGACAACAAACGAACUUGCGGCAUGAAAUGGACCCAAGGCGCGACGUGGGAUGGCUCCUUUGGUGUGGGCCAGCAGAUGGCUGCCCUUGAGGUGGUGCAGGCUAAUAUGAUUGCACAGAGUCGCGCGCCUGUCACGAAUAGUACUGGUGGUACCAGUCCUGGAAAUCCGGCGGCGGGCACGGCGGGCACGGCGCUUUUUGAGAGGGUUACGAAGGGGGAUCGGGUGGGCGUAGGGUUCUUGACGACGUUUGUGCUUUGUUUGUUUUUGGGGAUGAUUUGGUGGAUGAUUAUUGAUUGA